AUGGAGUCUCUGGGUGAAAAACUGUGGAAGGAGAAGGCAGCACCAAGAGGAACUGUGGAAGAUAAAACAACAGAAUGACAUCGAUAAACUGAUCCUGAAGUGAAGAAUAAGGGCCAAGCACUCAUAGGGGUAAGAGGAAACGAUAAACUCUCUGAAAACCCUUUAGACCAGAACAUGGCUGAGGCGAUUUACGCAACGCCCAACAUGAUGACGAAGGCCAGGAAUACACAAGGAGAGAGAGAGGAGAGGAUAGUGGACAUCUACGCUAGCCUGGAGAGCCUCAGAGAUCCACACCAGGACUCUGUGGGGACAGGGGAGUCCUCCAAGUCUCUGAGAACAGGAAGAAGUCAGCGGGCGGACGCUGUGAGCCCUCCUUGGUGUCCUAUCAGGGCUGUGGUGGUGCUUCUGGGCCUGCUGUCUGUUGUCCUGCUGGCUGGACUGCUGGGGUUGGCCGUUAAAUACAAGACUGACAUGGAGAAGACUGUAAUGGAGAAGACUGUAAGCAUGGACAGAGACAUGGAGCAACUCUCCCUAACGCUGAAGAAUUUGACGGAACAGAGAGACGCACUGCUUUGUAAACAGGAAUGUCCAGGUGGUUGGAAUAAGUUUGGUUGUAAAUGUUACAAGACUUCCGACACGUAUCAAUCCUGGAAUAAGAGCAGGGAGUUCUGCGUUUCCCACGGAGCAGAUCUGGUGGUUGUGGACAGUAAAGAGGAGAUGUACUUCAUUAGCAAGUUGUACAGGUACUUCUGGUUCGGAGCGACAGAUGAGGCCAGUGAAGGGUUGUGGAGAUGGGUUGAUGGGACCGUCCUGUCACUGGAUGACCCCUUCUGGAGUGGAGGGAGACCUCAAGGUGGUGAGGGCAAGAACUGCUUAGGGAAGGUCUGGGAGCAGAACCAAUAUAAAUGGGAAGAUAGGAGCUGCGAGGAAACAAACAGGGCAUUUUGUGAACAUAAUUUAAUGAAAUGAUUGUUGAAAACAUUUCUUUGUGAGUAUUUUUUACAUCAUAAUGCCAACAGAUGUUUGCGUUUUUUUCAGAAAGUUUUGGGUUCCUCAAAUCUAUAAGAGCUGUGAUAGGCUUUAAGGUGUUCCUUAAAAGGAGAUGGCAUGAAUACUUCACUGGUCACUGCAGGAGCUGUACAUAGAUGCUGCUCUUGUUACUUUUUUAUUUUUCAAUGUUUCUGAGGUUAGGAGGUAAAGAGGUAAAGAGUCAUGUCAAGUCAAUGGCUGAUAUUCAGUUGCCGCAAACCACACUAGUUCCCUAUCUAGGGCUGCCUUUGUCCCUUUAACGGUGCGGAUAUCACCCUACAAAAGAGGAAAUAGGAUCUUUAUAACGAAUGUGUGGUAGACGUAAAAUGAUUUAUUUUUUAUGUUGAAUUGUAUCUUGACUUUGCUACCAUUUAGUGUGAUCAAUGUGAAACACUUGUAUAUUAAUUCUCUAUAUGUUCUCCGGUGUUCAGAGGGAACAGUAGACUUGUGUCCUGGUGCCUUAAUAGGCUUGUAGGUCUGCACUUGGACUGUUUUAGCAGCUCAACAUUGAACUGAUCUUUGAUUUGCUUUUUGACUGAAGGUUUCUUUUGCCAAUCCACUAUUUCUUCAGCUUCCAUUCUUUAAAUUUCAGCGUUUCCCCUGACAUUUUCCUUUCAUAUAUUUUAAUCAUUGGUACCAAAUAUAAAAUAAUAUCUCACUCGAAACAAAUUGUAUAUUAAACCCACAUUUGAAAUCAUCCAACCUUUUAUCCUAAUUUUAUUUUACCUAUGACAUUGGCCUAUGACAAAGAUAUCUAUUACAAACAUGUCUUUAUGUACAUUUUGAUCACUUUGAAGUAAGUACAAUAAUCUGAACAUUACUUAAAUGACCCUAAGUGAUGCUGCAGUCGUACCACUGACACAGUCUCUAUAAGCAGAAGUGGAAAGUAACAUGUGGUUAAAGACUUCCUGUUGGGUCAAAGUUGCUCCUAAGACUUUGACAUGCUGUCAUACAAAACCCACAGAAGGGCCAAGCACUCAUAGGGGUAAGAGGAAACGAUAAACUCUCUGAAAACCCUUUAGACCAGAACAUGGCUGAGGCGAUUCACCCCCGACCCAACAUGAUGACGGAGGUCAGGACCACACGAGGAGAGGGAGAGGAGAGGAUAGUGGACAUCUUGGUUUGCCCUGAGAGCCUCAGAGAUCAACAUCAGCACUCUGUGGGGACAGAGGAGUCCUCCAAGUCUCUGGGAACAGGAAGAAGUCAGCGGCCGGACGCUGUGAGCCCUACCAAGUGUCAGAUCUGGGCAGUGAUGGUGCUUCUGGGCCUGCUGUCUGUGGUAAUGCUGGCUAGACUGAUUGGGUUGGCAGUGCAACACAAGAAGACUGCAAGCAUGGAAAGAGACAUGGAGCAACUUCUCCUAACGCUGAAGAAUUUGACGGAACAAAGAGACGCAUUGCUUUGUAAACAGGACUGUCUAGAUGGUUAGAAGAAGUUUGGUUGUAAAUGUUACAAGACUUACGAUACGUAUCAAUCCUGGAAUAAGAGCAGGGAGUUCUGUGUUUCCCACGGAGCAGAUCUGGUGGUUGUGGACAGUAAAGAGGAGAUGGACUUCAUUAGCACGUUGGGCUGGUACUCAUGGCUCGGAGCGACAGAUGCGGCCGGUGAAGGGAUGUGGAGAUGGGUUGAUGGGACCGCCCUGUCACUGGAUAACCCCUCCUGGAGUGGAGGGGGACCUGUUGGUGGUGAGGACAAGAACUGCUUGGUGAGGUUCAGGGAGCAGAACCAAUAUAAAUGGGCAGAUUGGAGCUACGACGAAAUGAACAGGGCAUUUUGUGAAAAUAAUUUAAUGAAAUGAUUGUUAAAACAUUUCAUUGGGAGUAUUUUUUACAUCUGACAGAUGUUUGCUGUUUUUUUCAAAACGUUUUGGGGUCCUCAAUUCUAUAAGAACUGUGAUAGGCUUUAAGGUGUUCCUUAAAAGGGGAUGACAUGAAUACCUCACUGGUCACUGCAGGAGCUGUACAUAGAUACUGCUCUUGUUACUUUUUUUUCAAUGUUUCCACAGUUGCCUCAAGCACAGGUGCUUGAGGCUGAGGUUAGGAGGUAGAGAGUGAUGACAGUCAUUUGCUGGUUUUCAGUUGCCGCAAACCACACUAGUUCCCUAUCUAGGGCUGCCUUUGUCCCUUUAACGGUGUGAAUAUCACCCUUGAAAAGAUGAAAUUGGAUCUUUAUAACAAAUGUGUGGUAGACGUAAAAUUAUUGUUUUAUUUUUUAUGUUGAAUUGUAACUUCCCUUUGGUA